AACAACACUGCAUUCAAUGGACUUCCGGCCAAAUUGCCUACGCGUAUCAAAAUAAAAGGGAUUGGUGACAUCAGGUCCAAUCCUGUGCCGAUGUUUCCCAAAAGCCACCAGCGGGGGGUGGGGGAUCAGUUGGGAUGAAGAGCAGCGGACAGCACAGAUCGGUCAGUGAGUCCACACGACAGGACUAGAGCUCCUGGGAGCCAACACAUUUCCCAUUGUUUGGGAUCCUGUCAUUCAACAGCCAGGAUGGCUCGGGAUAUGUCGGAUAAGGAAAUCUUGAAAAUGGAGUUGGAACAGUUGAAGAAGGAAGUUAACACAGCCAGGACACCAGUGGGUCCAAACUGUGCAGACACGAUUGCUUUUGUUGAGGGGCUGCUGCCAAAUGAUCCACUGAUUAAAGGUGUUUCCGAUGACAAGAACCCCUACAAGGGAGACAAGGGAGGCUGCAUAGUGACGUAGCACACACACCCUGGGAAAAGUCGGGUUUUUUUAUGGGAGUUCAUUGCAUUGCUGUAAAGCUCGUAGAUCAAAUGUACAUUAGUGAGAAAACUAAGACCUGUAAUAGCACUGCCACCAGAAGAGA